AUGAUUUACUUAAUCAGCCUACUGCUGUUAAUCCAAGCUGAUUUCACUCUGAGUAAGUGUACUGAAGCUGAUUGGAGUGCAACUUUCAACAGACAAGGGUGGUCGGUUUGUCCAGAUGAUCGUGAGUUCCUUACAGGAUUUUGGAGAAGCGGCAAACAAUUUCGCCUUUUUCAGGCAUGGGCAGACGGCCUUUGGCUUCUCGAGAACGGAAAUUGCUGCCCAGCUAUUGAUCCACGCUAUAUUGGUCAGCACUCAACUUGUGUGGACGAGAGCUGGAGUGCAACAUUGGAUAAAUCUCAUGUCUGGGCACAGUGCAGUCGCGGUUACUUCUUGGAGGGUUUCCACAUCAGCGAUGCUGAACAUCUCAGUGAUAUCACAACGGGCAGGUGUUGUCGACCACAAAAUCAUCCCCUCACCUAUGAUGACUGUUACGAAGAAGAUAUUUCUCAUUCGUUCGAUCACCAAGGUUGGACGAAAUGCAAUAGGCUUGGCUACUAUAUAACCGGCAUCUACAAGGGCGACUGCGACACCCUAUCUUGCAUUGAAAAAUUAAAAUGCUGCAGAAUGGCAAAAGCUGUCGCUAUUGUGAAUGGUGGAUGGACCGAGUUCGGGGCCUGGGGAGCAUGUAGUGCUACUUGUGGAGGAGGAAAACAAGAACGUUCACGAACAUGUACCAAUCCGCCUCCGUCAGGGGAUGGGGCGCAGUGCUCGGGGGUUGCGAAAGAAGUGAGGGCUUGCAACACCGACCCUUGCGAAGCAGUUUCAGUUGAUGGUGGAUUCUCUAAGUGGUCUGAGUACUCCAAGUGUAGCAGGACCUGUGGUAAGGGAAAGAAAACUCGCUCCCGUGAAUGCACCAACCCACCCCCGUCAGGGAAUGGAUUGCCUUGCAAGGGAAGAUAUUCGCAGACUGUAAAAUGCAAAGUGCGGCCAUGCAAAGGAAAGGGGAAAUAGUUGGAGUAUAUAGUAAGAAAGCAGAUCCGUGCCAUAGUCAAGAAAAAUUGGGGAUACUAUAGAUGGGUAUUACUGGGGGUUUAAAGGUUACACACCAUCAU